AUGGCGCUGCUUCUUGUCAUGCCCUCCUCUUCAAACUUUUUUGCUGCUCCCUCCCUCCCUAGCAAGACGCUCCUUCCGCAAGGCAGUACACAAACGAUGUGUAUGCUUCGCUUGAGAGGAGGGAAAGGAGGGAGGGUUGGAGAGUCAGAGACCAGCGAGAAGGAUCGACCCAUCUCACCAGAGGACGUUGCGAUGAUGGAAAGAUUCAUGGAGGAUCCCAACCCGAUGGGCUUCACGUCUGAGAUGGGGGAGGACGUGGACCCGGACAUGAAGGGGAUUGUCGACUACGACGACGACCCAGGGUGGAACAUCAUGGGGAUCAGGGAGAAGAACGAGUUCAAGCUGGAGGAGGGGGACGACAGGAUCAUCGUUCCCGAUGCCAUCAACUCGGUCCAAGCUGGAGUGAGGAUAGCAGAGUUCAUUCAGCGGGAUACAGGCUCCGUCCCUACACUGUAUGUGCGGGCAGGAGACUACAAGUGGCAAGGUACUAUCUACCUCACUCAACUCCACUACGUCGACAUGCCUCCUUGGAGCAGGAUCGCCAACGGCGAGAUCAACAACAGCAGCAAGCACUUGAUCUUCGAGUCACCCGUCCCUGCCGAAUGCGCGGAACUGAAGCCUGUCAACUGA